AAGAAGAUAGAUUUCUUUUUCUCAAAUCUCGUGACGACGUGGCGUUUUCGUACGCCGCGUCGAAUUUUUCUUCUCCUGUUUGUUCCUCUGACUCGGGCGACAUCUAGUCGUCCCGAGAAAAGCGGCGUGUCAGCGGGCGACAUCUGUUCGACCCGUGACAUGCAUGUUGCUUUUCUUCUUCUUGCCUACGAGCAAAAAAAUAAUCACUUCAGUGAAAUGAAAUGGAUGAGAUUAACAAAAUAUCCAGAUGGUGGAAUAUUAGAAACGGAGUUCCUGAAACAUGUUCUUCUUCAAACAAAGUACAGCAGGAAGGAAAUCGCCUGUGAGCUGAAGAAAGUCGGAAAUUUUAUCGUGAAAGAAGAUUCACGAUGGGUGCAAAACGUGUUCCCAAGUUGGCAAAAUUUGCAAAUCGAUUCCGAAAGUUUUCUCGGAGGCAAACGAUUCAAUUCUUGCGCUUUGGUGUCAAACUCUGGCGCAAUUCGACAAUCCAACCAUGGUCACGAAAUUGAUAAACACGAUCUGAUUGUGAGGAUGAACAAAGCUCCAACAAAGGGAUUCGAAGUCGAUGUUGGAUCCAGGGCAGCAGACUUGAGAGUCAUCAAUAAUCAAGUUGUAGAUGCAAAAAAGCAUUCUUUGAAAGAUAUGGAAAAAUUGCUAGUUUCCCUGGAUGGAAGCAGCCAUGUUGGAACAGAUUACAUCAUUUGGGAUCAUUGUCAAUGCUGCGGAAUCCGCGACUUUGAAUUUUGCUUUUCAGGCCCAGGGAAAACUCGAAUCGAUCUGACAAAGAAGUUAACUUACGAUGGACUGGGAUAUUUCCUGAAAGCAAAAUCCGCUGGCAAAGGAAAACAUUUAUUCUUGCUGGACUUUGAUUUUUUGUGGAACGUUUGGGGCGUUUUGCAAAAAUUCUAUCCUGAAGAAAUAACCCAACAUAGUCCUUCUUCCGGUUUCUUCACUGUCGUCGGUUUGAUGCAGAUCUGCUCAAGGAUAACGGCUUUCGAAUUCAUCCCAUCCGUCCGAAGUUCGAACGAUAAAUCAGCUUGUCAUUACUACGAAAAUGUGCUGAAAUGUGACAAAUAUGAAAAAGGAGUUUGGCAUCCAUUUGAAGCGGAAAGAUCUCUUUUGUACCAACUGAACAUCGCUGAAAAGUCGCGAGUGUUUUUGGACGGAGUUCUGGAAAUCCCGGGUCUGAAUUUGCCAAGGUGGUUGCUGUGGAAGUGGUGGAGGAAGAUGAUGGUGAGCCAAGUGGUUGUGGUGGAAUUUGUUCAGCAUUUGGUUGGCAAAUGUGGGAUGGCUGUUCUGCAUUGUCCUGCACAUCCUGAGGAAGAGGAAUUAGAAACGGAGUUCCUGAAGCAUGUUCUUCUUCAAAAGAAGUACAACAGGAAGGAAAUCGCCUGUGAGCUGAAGAAAGUCGGAAAUUUAAUUCGUAGUACAGACAAACACGAUCUGAUUGUGAGGAUGAACAGAGCUCCAACAAAGGGAUUCGAAGUUGAUGUUGGAUCCAGGCCAGCAGACUUGAGAGUCAUCAAUAGUCAAGUCGUGAACGCAAAAAAGCUUUCCUUGGAAAAUGUGGAAAAAUUACUAGUUUCCCUGGAUGGAAGCAGCCAUUGCUUCUCAGGCCCAGGGAAAGCUCGAAUCGAUAUGGAAAAUAAGCCAACUACCGAUGGACUGGGAUAUUUCCUGAAAGCAAAAUCCGCUGGCAAAGGAAAACAUUUAUUCUUGCUGGACUUUGAUUUUUUGUGGAACGUUUGGGGCGUUUUGCAAAAAUUCUAUCCUGAAAAAAUAACCCAGAAUACUCCUUCCACUGGAUUCAUCACU